CUCCAGCAACUCUUCCAAGGGAAACUAACUUCAGCCCUCGCCCCUGCUGCUCUGCAGGCUUCGGCCAGCUCCCGCCCGGGACCAGCGGACCCCUCGUCCCACCUCAGUUAGUUAGUUACGGGAUUUGUCUGUCCUCGGCCAGCUGAAGCCCUGCCAAGUUUGUUCUGCGCUCGCCAUGAAUUUGAGGCACGCGUCCGGGGGCGCAUGGAAAACCCUGGGCUUGCUGGGGCUGAUGCUGCUGGUCCAUCCGGUCGGAGCCUGGUACAAGCAUGUGGCCAGCCCCCGGUACCACACGGUGGGCCGAGCUUCGGGGCUGCUGAUGGGGAUCCGACGCUCCCCGUACCUGUGGCGCCGGGACUUGGGGGAUGAGCCGGGAGAGAGCCCGGGCUCGCCCCCCACCUCUGUAAACAGGGCGCCCAGGUUGCUGCACAGCCGCAGGCAAGACCUCCGAGCCGCCGGGCCGCGGACCCAGGCAUCCGGGGUGCCAGCCCCCCGCCCCGCCAGAGGCGAGCUCCGAGGCAGAGAACCCGCGGCGCUCACACGGCUGGGCCUGCGGGACUUAAUAGCCAGGCGAACAAUCGCUCAGCACCGGGCCCCCCUGCAGACAGGUGCCAGCCUCCUCCCGCAGCGAGCCCGAGCGCUGCCCGCCCAGCGGGGUCCCUGGAGCCGAGCAGGGACCCGGGAGAAGAAGAAGACGAAGCUCCUGGAGAGGGCGAGGAAGCAGCAGCAGCGGCGGGGCAGCGAGGAGGGGACCGGGGACUUAAGGUAAAUCUCACCCAUCUUUCUGAAUCUGAGAUAUAGUUCCUGAUCUGCUGAGUUCACCCAACAGAGACAUUUGAAGAGCAAUGGUCGCCUGACUUGGAAACUGUUUCCUGUAGCGGAUGGGGGAGAUAUUCAAAGCUGGUUCUCCUGACACUCUGAUUUCUAUGAAAACAUAUAGACAAUUGCCAUUUAAAAAAAAAUCUCUUUGGUUUUAUACCAACUGUGCAAACACAGUGAUAAAUUCCUGUUGUUUUCAAGUUGACCUAGUGCUAUAACCAUGGAGAAAAAGAGAAGAUAUUUAUUUUCUUUAUUUUUUAGAUCUCUGUAAUAGCUUCUUAGCAA